AUGGCAAAAGCUCCGAUUGAUGAUCCUGCACUGACAUUGGAGCAGAUUUCUGUUCUGGAGAAUGAGUUGCAAAAGAUGGAUAUACUGAAGGAGCUGGCGGAUCUGCUUCAUCUCGUGUUGAUUGUCAACUCAGGCGAACGAUCAUCUGCUAUUCAUGUCCGGGCAUUGAAAGAGUUUGUAGCUUUCUCCAAAGCCAUUCGCAGCUUCCAAGCAUCGGCCCAAGCUUCCAAGUCCUACUGGCGAGGCUCCGCUCCCCCUGGAGUACAAAUAGGGCACCUGAUCCCUAUUUGUGGUGGCAUUCUCCUUUUCAAAUAA